CCGCCGGGCCGCGGCGCGCCCCGUGCCCGGGAUGCGUCCGGCGGCGGAGUGCCGGCUGCUGGCAGGAGCCGGGGGCAGGCGGGCGGGCACGGGGGCUCCCGCCGCCGCCGCGGCUCGGCGCCGCCGCCGCGGCUGGGAUUAGGCUCCCGCUCGGCUGCGAUGCGGAGCGGCGGGGCGGGAGCGGCGGGGCCCAGCGGGAGGGCGCGGGGGGCCGCCGGGCACUAGGCGGGCGGCGGGCGCGGAGCCGCCGGAGCUCUCCAGGGUGCUGGGGCGCUGCCCGCCCGCCUUCCCGCGGGAGCCGCGCGGCCGCCCUCGCCCAUCGAGCAGCGCCGCCGAGCCCCUCCGAUGCCUCGGACAGCACCGCUCCCGGGGUCUGCCGCGCCUGCGAGCAGAAUGGCCCGGAUUAGGUACCUCCGCGCGGCUGUCUCGGGCUUUUAUCUGUGGGAAGCUGCGCUACUUCUCAGCUUGGUAGCCACAAAGGAAACGGACAGUGCAAGAUCUCGUAGCAUGCCAAUGUCACCAUCGGAUUUCCUGGAUAAGCUAAUGGGUAGGAUGUCAGGCUACGAUGCAAGGAUCAGACCAAAUUUCAAAGGUCCUCCAGUUAAUGUCACAUGCAACAUAUUUAUAAACAGCUUUGGGUCCAUUGCAGAGACAACCAUGGAUUACCGAGUGAACAUCUUUCUCCGUCAGAAUUGGAAUGAUCCACGCCUUGCAUACAGUGAAUAUCCAGAUGACUCUUUAGAUUUAGAUCCAUCCAUGCUGGAUUCAAUUUGGAAACCUGAUUUGUUCUUUGCUAAUGAAAAAGGUGCCAACUUUCAUGAAGUUACAACAGAUAAUAAAUUGUUGCGGAUUUUCAAAAAUGGAAAUGUACUUUAUUCCAUCAGGUUGACUUUAAUACUGUCCUGUCCGAUGGAUCUCAAAAAUUUUCCAAUGGAUGUGCAAACAUGUAUAAUGCAGCUGGAAAGCUUUGGAUACACAAUGAAUGAUCUCAUUUUUGAGUGGCAAGAAAAGGGAGCAGUUCAAGUAGCAGAAGGUCUCACUCUGCCACAGUUUCUGUUGAAAGAAGAAAAGGAUUUAUGUUACUGCACCAAGCAUUAUAAUACAGGAAAGUUUACAUGUAUUGAAGUCCGAUUUCACCUUGAGAGACAGAUGGGUUACUAUCUCAUCCAGAUGUACAUACCAAGUCUAUUGAUUGUGAUUCUCUCCUGGGUGUCAUUUUGGAUCAAUAUGGAUGCAGCUCCAGCCAGAGUGGCUUUAGGCAUAACAACUGUGCUGACCAUGACAACACAAAGCUCAGGUUCACGAGCAUCUCUUCCAAAGGUGUCAUAUGUCAAAGCCAUUGACAUCUGGAUGGCAGUGUGUCUGCUCUUUGUGUUUUCUGCACUUUUGGAGUAUGCAGCUGUAAACUUUGUGUCAAGGCAGCAUAAAGAACUUCUGCGCUUCCGCCGCAAAAGGAAGAAGAGCAAGUAUUUUGAGGGAAUUCUUGAUGGAAAUGAAAUCAGUGAAUCAUUACAGCAUAGCAAUGGCUUGAGAUGUACAGGACCUAUAGACGGGACUUUGCCUCAAAUCUACAGUACAAAUUUAAGGGAUGAUGAUGCACGUGAAAGUCAGUUUAGCUUUACAGCAUAUGGAGUGGGCCCAUGCGUGCAAGCAAAAGAUGGAAUGACACAAAAGGGGCCAAAUAAUCCUGUUCAAGCUGUACCAAAAAGCCCUGAUGAGAUGAGAAAGGUAUUCAUUGACCGGGCCAAGAAAAUAGACACAAUAUCCAGAGCUUGUUUCCCUUUAGCCUUUCUGAUUUUCAACAUUUUUUAUUGGGUAAUUUACAAAAUCAUCAGGCAUGAGGACAUUCACCAAUAACAAGACUAAGGCUUGCAGUACAUAAAGAUCUGGCUGUCACACUCGACCAGAAGUUUUUUUUUAGAAAUGCACAUCAGAGGAGUGACUGGAAGAGUUAAAAACACUGAGGUGGUGAAAAAAGAUCCUGUGUGGACUGCAAUGACCAGGAUGGAAGAAUGACACCCAGAAAAGAUACACCUGCUAUUGCAAACUUUCCUUGUAAAGCUAAAUAUUAACAAAUUUUUCAUUGUAAAUCACUCUCUACUGAACCUUUACUGCCAAGUAUUGAUACAUACUGUUACACAGUGGUAUAACUGGACAGUACUCUCUGAUGGUCCUUAAUUUUUUUUUUUAAUUCUGAUGUAUUUUUAAUUUUAAAAAUGGUUCCUGAGUACCCUAGGUAAAUCUCACAGUAUUACAGAAUAGAUUAGUGUUUGUAACAUUGAUUUCAAUUUUACAAUAUAAUGACAAAUUACUGAUUGGAGAAAACAAUUUAAAGGACUUGAUCUAAUCUUAAGGACAGUACUGGUGGUUUUGCAAUGAAUAUAUUUGACAUAUUUAAGUCAUAUAAUUUACUAAAUGUAUUUAUAUUACUGUUCCCCUGUUUGUUGAAAUAGUCUCUGACAGCACAAAGUAUACAGCCUAUCACAUGAGAAAUAUAUUAAAAUUUGUAAAGUAUUGACUCCUGCAAAGGAUUUUUUUUCCUUUUAAUUACUUACGCUUUGAUAAUUGAAACAUAUUUUUAAAUAUUUUUUAUAUUUUAAGGGUUUUUUCCUCAAUUCAUAAAACUCAUGCAGCUAGUGAAAUAGACAAACUACAUCAAAAUUUUGCAAUACUUCACUUUGAUUCAAUGCAAAGAGAUCUUGGACCAAAACUGAAAGCAAAUAGUGAACUCCACUGAAGCAUUUGGAGGAUGAACGCAGUUAUGUUUAUGCACAUUCAUCUCCUACAUGUUACAUAAAUAUAGGAAGCUUAAUUUAUGAAUAUAUCAAGUUUUCUGACUCAUGCUUUGAAGUUUAUUGAUAUAACUUUGAUAUUGCUUAAGAAGCACUUGACAACUUUGGAGAAACAUGAAGCUCAUCUAAAACAUAAAAAAGGAUCUGGAUGGUCUUUUACAUUUACUGUAUUUCACAUUAAUAAAUAGGAGACCAACCAUUAAAACUCUUAGAAAAAUCUUCCCUGUUUAGGUUUAAAUAAGUCAUUUUAGUUGCUUCUUUGAAUUGUAACACCAUAGAUCAAUCUUGUCUAUUGGAAAACAAAACUAUGCUAAGAUAUGAAAAUGCAUCAUUUAGAAUUAUUAGAUACUCUAAGUCCAGUAGCUGAGGCUGAUUCUCAUUGCAAAAUAUUUUUAUUUUGAACAGGUUUAAAAUUUUUGGUUUGUUGUUGAUCAGAAUGUGUAUACAAAAGCAAAAUCAGCUGGAAAAAACCAUCUGGUGCACUGCCAAAGGCAUGGUGCAUACGAAGAAGCAGUAGCAAUGUAACUCUGCACUGAGUAAUAUGGCAACCUUGGCUUUGGUUUGUUAUUGUUUUCCUCCAAGGAUUACUUAGAGAGAUUCUAAAAUAGUAGCUCUCAGAUUUUGUUAAACUGUGUCAGAAAGAAGGUGUAUAAUCCGCCUUUAUUUUAAAACUAUUAUUCUUUUAUAGUUUUACUUCAUUUAUGAUCUAAAAUUAAUUCAAUUUACUUAAAAUAUUUUUUUUCUUGCUGAGAUGGUGUCUGCUUUUUGUUGAUCUAUUUAUGUGCAUGUUCCAAAAUAUCAUGUUCACUUAUGAAGGUGCUCCUCUGUUUGAGGAGGUAUCAUGAACUAAUGGUUGAUAUUUCAGUUGAGUCAUAUUCACCUCUCUCAAAGAUGUCAUUAACUGUAUUGUAUGAAAAGGGAUGUUAAUUUGCUUCUGUUAGUAGCAAAGUCAACAGUAUUUUGUUUAAGGGCUGUUUUCAAAUGCACAUAACUUUUGGCAUAUCAUUCUGCUGCCCUCAGGUGAGUAAAGAUGUUCUAUUUUGAUAUAAUGGAACCAAGAUCUCUCCUGAACUGGUUUUAUGGGUUGGGUUUUUUCUGUUACUUUUGCCAAGGUAACAGAAGCCUCUGUAGUCCACUAAUAAUGUGUUUUUCAAAAGAAAUAAUAACUUAAAUUCAAUUUUCACUUAGAUUAUUCCUAAAUGACUUAGUGUAAAGGCACAUGGUAAAGAAAGAGAGAAAUGUCAUUUGAGAUGAUAAGAAACUUCAAGGCACAAAUGCCUGCUAUUCACCACUGACUAGGGGAAAAGUCCAAAACUGCCAGCUGGCAUGCUAGCCCUCUUUACAAAGCUAGAAUCAAUAGCUACAGACAUCACCUAAGAUUAGUGUGGGAGCUGAUUCUUUUGUAACUUUAUAGUGAAGCAGCAGAGAAUACUAUUAAGAAGAUGCAAGAAUUGAAAGGUACUCUGCAGUAUUUGUCAGGCUGCAGUAUUUGUGCUACAGUCCCAUGAAAGAGACAGUGGAGAAGCAGAAAAAUAAUUAUCAAGGAAAUAAUGCUUGAGGCAGAUGGUAUCUAGCAGGGGGCCAUCCACAUAUAAAUAAGAAUCCAUUAAUUAGGCUGAAGUAGAUAGCCACCUCAUUUCACUAUCACUGGACCAGGCCUGAGUACAAGUCCUUAGCAAACAACAAGGUUUCUUUUAAGCACAACCCGUGUAUGACAGGCUAAUGCAGCUUUGUCCAAAGUCAUUAUUCACCAUAGGUGCAGACCCUGUAGUUCUCAGGUCAUGUUUUUGUGGUCUCUGUAUGCCAGCCCUGUACUUUCAAAAUAAAAUACUGGUACUAGAAGGACAUUGGAACACAAUGAAAAGAGAGGGAGGCACCAUAGGAUCUGGAGGAAUACCCCAAUAACACAGCUACUAAAGAGCUGGCACAGUCACUACAAAGGGAAAAAAGGAAGGACGAGACAUCCUUAUUAUUUUUCCCAGUCUCACAGUAUCCUUGCCAUAGGUACAAUUGUUCAGGCAGGAGCAGUAGCUACAGGGAGAAACAGUUUAUAUCAACUGCUACGAAGUAUAUACUGUUUUCUGAGAGCAGUUUCUACCUGUGCAGAUUGACUUCCUCACCAUCCGCUUUCCUAAUGUAAAGAGAAGCAGAACAGGAAGGUACAGGAUGAAAAGUCUGGACUGUGCAUAGCAUAACAGGGGCCACAGGAAGAGAGAAGCCCAAAGCAGAGCCUGGAACCUCUCAUAUGAUUGUCUUUUCUUUACUAAAAAGAGAUGUGGCCCAAUCCGUGUCAUCCCUCAUAAUGCCAAAAACUCCAGGACUUUGAGAGAGAAUAAGAAAGGUCCCUUUGAGGUGCAGUAGAAUUACUGAACUACCACAGUACCAAACUCCUGCUUAAAUUCGAAACAGCAAAAGGUAUUUUAUUUUUAAAAUUAUAUUCAAAUACCAACACAAUGCGCUCUCAUGGUUAGAGGAAUGGGUUUUUUUCUCUAUAAUGCUGACAAACUAUAGGAGGUUUGAAGGUGUUUUACUAUUUAGAAUUCAGCUAUUUUCUAAAGAAUCAUUUGUAGUGUGUGAGGGGUGAUUCUGCUUGCUCACUAGACAGACAUAUUUAGGUGAUUUAGAUGUGCACUUUACAUUUAAGGAGUAAGGUAUUGCUUCCACUUUUUGUAUUAAUCCCUUACAGAACUGUAGGCUGAUAAUGUAGAUAAAAAUAGAAUAGAAUAAACUGUACAAAACCUUAUAUUUUUAACAGUAGGAAAAAAUAAAAAGUCUUCCUUAACCUUAGGGGGGGGAAAAGUAUUAUUUGUAGCAAUAAUUUUAUAUUAGAUGGAAAUAAAUUUAUUUAUACCAUUUCCAGCCCAAGCUAACAUGGUUGGCUGGAAAAGAUGUACUUUUGUGUAACUUCUGCUCUCAUUUGAGCUAUUAUAGGAAUUAAUCUAAUCCAACAGAGAAGAAUUUGGCCUUAAACUGUGAAACUGCUAAAUGAGCUCGUAGUGCUUACAGUACGCCUGUGAGAUAAUAAAAUAACUUUAUCCACAUCUUACUGCACAAUCAUAUGGCUAUUUAGAUGACAAUCAAAUCAGACCUUCACAGCUCUUUUCCUUUUUGAGACAACUAAGAAGAAAAAUAUAAUUCACAAACCAGACUACUUGUUAAUAAUAAAAUGAGUAUUCUGUUUUGGAGUGGUUAUGGAAAAGGUGUCUUCAGGCAACACACAUCACCUACAGUAAUUACUGAAGUACUAUCAAUUUGGAAGGCUUGUGGAAGCAGGUUAGAUUGCUAGAAACAGUGGGUUAAUGCCAGAAAAAAUGUUGGCUCAUCCUGUAUUCUUGACAUUCUCAAAUAUUACUGCACUUCUUCACUUUCAUCUUUGUGAAAUAUGCAAGAAACAUUUCUUAUGUUUGUAUUUUAAUGGAUGACAGAGUGAUACUAACAGAUGAAAUGCACUAAAGUAGCUGCUGAUGUUCCAUGAAUGUGGAAUUGUGAGUUGUAUAAAAAGAAAUUGCACCAUAAGCUUUUGACAUAAAGGUUUAACAUAAUAUACAGUAUUUUGUGUGUUAGUGAUCCUGGCUUUUUAAAGGCUACAGCAAGAAAAAAGAAAAAUUUAUAUGAUAGUGUAUUAAUAACUUGUCUGUGAGUUUUCAAAAUAUUCUCCGUGAGUUCUGUCUGAUGGCAAUUUCAUCUCAAAGUACUUCCUUUUUGGUAAAAAUCUAUAAAUGUGUCGUGCAUGGAUUUAAUUAGAUUCCUUUUUGCUGUAUUACAGUAUCAUAUUGCACUUAAGCUGACAUUCUCUGCAGACAGAAGUGUUAAAAAUGUGAAAUUUAUGGUAACACCUGUAUCAUUGUAGAUAUUUUGUUCAAAAAAAAAUAAACAAUUUUUU